CCACUAAAUUUCGCUUCUUCACUUCUUCUUCUCCUUCACCUACCGAAUCAGUUUCUCAUGCCGAUAUCCAAACUAGUCUCUGAUGAAGAUUUGAAAUUUCUGAUCGAGAAUUUGGAGGAAACAAAUGAUUCUACGGAGAUAUGGGAAAAUGUUAUUCACAAAAGCAACCAUCGCAUUUCAUACACUGCUAAACGCUGCAAACCCAAAGAUGGUGGUGGUCCUAUGAAGUACUUAAGUGUCACUGUCUUUGAGGAUUGCUCUGCGGAGAUUGUGAGGGACUUUUACAUGGACAAUGACUAUAGGAAACUAUGGGAUAAGACUGUGGUUGAGCAUGAGCAGUUGCAGGUUGACAGUAGUAGCGGAAUUGAGAUUGGUCGCACGGUUAAAAAGUUUCCCUUGUUGACAUCAAGAGAGUACGUACUAGCUUGGAGAUUGUGGCAAGGAAAGGACAAGUUUUACUGUUUCACAAAGGAAUGUGAUCACAAUAUGGUACCGCGACAGAGGAAGUAUGUACGUGUAAGCUAUUUUAGAUCUGGUUGGCGAAUCAGGCAAGUUCCCGGUCGAAAUGCUUGUGAGAUCAAAAUGUUUCACCAGGAGAAUGCUGGGUUAAAUGUUGAGAUGGCGAAGCUCGCCUUCUCAAAAGGCAUAUGGAGUUACGUUUGUAAGAUGGAAAACGCUCUUUGUAAAUACAUAGAAACCAGUCAUAGAACCCAAGGACCCAUUUUAUCUGCUGUCACCUUAAUGAAAAAGGUUCCAUCAGAGUUAGAAACUCAGACAGAUAAUGUCACAGCCUCCAUUGGAACAAGUAGUGGUGAAGGACUAUUGAGUCAUGUUGUAGCCAAACAGAAGAAAAAAUUGAGAAAGCCAUCUAAGAAACUGAUAGCAAAAGGUCUAGUACUUGUGGGCGGUGCGAUCUGCUUGUCCCGUGGUCACUCCGCCUUAGGUGCUAAAGUCGCAUUGGCUUACCUCUUGACGAAGCUGAACAAACGUGGAACUUCUCUGAAUCAGACCACCCAGAACACCAGCAUUUAAGUGAAAUUGCAUUUCGAUGUUGAUAUGAAUGUAAAAGCAUACAUUAUAAACAUACAAGCCUACGGUUAUCAUUCUUGUAAUUGUCUGUAAGGUCUUUAUCCUUUCUUUUCAAUUUGAGAGAUUAGAAAUGAUUAUACUUGGCCUUAUGUUUCAAACAUCUCUUUAAUCUUGGGGAAAGAUAGCUUAUUCUUACAGCAAGGCAUGGAGUUCCACAAAUACAUCAGACACAUUGCU